GUGGCGGUGCUCUGACGCACACCGAUUGGGUGAGCGCGGGGCUAAAGUGUAUUGUACAGUUAAAAGACUAGACAUUGACAAUAACAACAACAGCUGCGGCCGCAUGAGGCUAACCGAACGCAGGCGAACACUUUUUGGACCUGCGGUGUAAACAUUUCGGGUAAGAAAAACGUCCUCGUCGCCGUUUUCUCAUGUCACGAUGGCUGCAAAAUUCACCAUUUCCGACAGUGAAUCAGAGCCAUCCGAAGAUUUAGAGGAGGAACAACGCCGUCAGCCACCGACUGAACAGGAGCAGCAGAUUUCUUACAGCCACUCCCUCACUCUACCUGAGCUCAGAAUGGCAGGGGCCGGGCGACUCAGGCUGAACUCUGAGUCCCAAGUUUCCAAUGUCACCAGAGACGAGGAGCUCCAGAUGAGGGGGGAAGAUGAAGCCAGCACUCCCACGGAAGGAGCCCCAUUCAGGGCACGGUCCAAGUCGGCUCCCCCCGCCUUGUGGGCAGCCAAGAAAUACGGCCAGCAGCUCCGGAGGAUGAGCGAUGAAUUUGACAGCCUGCUAGACAAGGGGGAAAUGAAGAGGGUGAGAAGUGCGGGGACAGCCAGACAGAUGCACCACUCUAAAACUUGGUGGAGCUACCUCUUUAGUCACCAGGAGAUGGAAGGAGAGAACAGCCACCAUGAAAACCACAAAAACCGCACUGAGUAAAGUGGAGAAAAGAAGGACCCGAGGUUUGGGAUCAAUGUGAAGGCGAAGACGCCAUGAGGAAUGACAAGACACGUGAUGCUAGAUGCACUGAGGAUAAAGACAAGAAGAUGGUUUGAUUAAAAAAAACAAAAACAAUCCAAACACAGACAUGUCCUGUUGUCGACAUGCCAUGUUCAUGUCAUUGAUACACUAUAUUUAAAUCUUUUUGUAUUAGUGUUGGUUGUGCUGUUAACUAUAUUGUUGGGCAGCCCACUGUGAAGUUGUAUAAGUCAGACAGGCAUGAUGACAGACUGUUAGAAUAGGCUGAACCCCACACAGAUGGAUUGAAGAAUGAGGGAGUGAUAUGUUGAAAACAGAGUAGAUUGUAUGAAGUCACUCAGUUACAGGAUUUUUCACUGUUUUCUCUCUCAUCAACACUAUGCAAUAUACUGUUAAUGGAGAGAUACAAGGACUGCAAACACCUGACUCUGAGGCCACAUCGAAUGCUGUUGAAUUUCCUUCCUUCCUCAUUUUCUGACAAAAAAACACCAGUGCUUGCUUUACUCCAAAUCUCACUAUAAGUGUGCCAAAGUCGUCUGCAGGCCACAGGAAAGAAGAGGGCAAAGGAAGUGUUUUGUUUAACUUCAAACCUUGGCCUUUAUCCAGCUUCAUGUUGUGCUACCUACAAGCCAGUACCAUUGAAAUAACUGUACUCGACUAUCAAUAAUCAACUGCUUUAUAUCUCAAAUUUAUCAAAAGGAGAACAAUCUUGUACAAGGACAAUCUCUGACAAUGCAGAAAUAGUAUCUUUUGUAAAAAAAAAAAAAAAAACUUCAGGGUUAGAUUAUAUCUGAACAAAGUGAAGUUACACAUACAUAUAAAAAGCACAAAAACGAUCUAUGUUUUUAAAGCCUCGGGAAAGCAAAAAAGAAAAAAAAUACUAAGACUGUGGAAUUUUUAUCUGUAAAUAUUUGUCAAUAAUUUAUCAAAUGACAUGGCUUAUAAGUGACUUGUUUUAGGCAGAAUUUUAUUUUACAAGUUCCUCUUUUACAAAGUUACGACGCCGACUUAGCAAUAGGCAGUGUACAAUCCAUGGCUGUUGUGGUAAAUGUUAUGUGCGUAUUCAAAGACGAGGGUGGGGUGGAUAAACUGCUGUACGAGGAACCACUACAUUAACCUUUGGCCCCAUUUCCUCUGACACCAGCGCAAUCAGUACGAGGUGUUUAAUAAGAAGAAGUGAGUCUGAAAUCCAGCUGGGUCUAUAUUAGCCUAAAAAUGUGCUUUGGUGACUCUAAUCUACAUUGGGUUGUGAAUAAAUCGAGCCUUUGGACUAGGGGUGCUGAUCUAAUUCGGGUGUCAUAUUCAGACAUUUGAGGCUUAUUUAGCGCACAGAAUAUGAGCUUUGCGCAUGUAAUAUUUGCUUAAAUGUAUGAUCCUAAGGUCAGAUUGGCACUUCCACACAGCUUGGGGAAUAUUAUUUAGCCUACCUGUGAUUUGUUCAUUAAUGUGAUUGUUGAAAAUGGUAGUAGGUUUGUUCUUACACGUGUCUUCCUCUCAACAUAGUGUUGAGUUGUGAAGUGCUCGGGUGUGCAGGCUGCUUUUAUAUUGUCUGUAAAACUUUAAUCCCUUUAUAGAUCAUAAAGAGAAACACGUUUGUACUCAGACCUUCUGCUGGUAACAUAUCCAUCACCUACCACUGAGAGCCAUGACUUGAUUUAGACAUUUGGUUUCUGUAAAUUCAUUAAAGACACCAACAUAUUUUAUAUAACCAAACAAUACUCAUUUUUCAUGUUCUUACUGCUGAAAGAGUUGUGACUCCGCUCCUCUACGAUGCCACAUUUCUUACGUUUAUAACAGAGAUCAUACAUGAGUGUUAGAAUAAUUAUAGUGUUUUCUAUUUUUACCGUUUCCAGCAGCAGACCUUCUGGGAUUGUUACCAAACGAAUACAGACCAACAAUGAACUGGCUCAAGCUUGUGGACAAAUACAAAUGCUUUAUUCUCUGUUACAAAUAAAGUUCAGCUGGGGUCGCGAGAGUUUAUAGUCGACAAAUUGCCUUGAACCUGUGACACUGCAUCGCCAGCCAGGCCUUGUUUGUUUAACCAAUCACCGCCUUAAACUUUACAGCUUGCUGUCGGAUAUUACGCUCAAGAACAAAAGCACAACAGAAUGGGGGAUGUAUUUUGCUGUUGUAUCUGUGAGACUUUAAAAACAGUUAAUUGGAAGUCACAUGUAUGAUGGAAAAUGCACGCCAGAGGAAAUACCUGCAUGGGAGGAACCUGUAGUUUUGCAACCAUCCUUGGUAUUACUUGAAUAUGGACAUAUGAGCGGAGAAAAUCGGAUUUUAAUAUUCCCUUCUUUUGAUGGAUUCCCUUUUCAUUUUUUUAAUGACUUUUGUAGAUGUAUUUUCUCUACAGCUGUGAAACAUCUGAUGUGCUGUCCUGAAUAAAUAAUUUUAAGAGUG